GGGUCAGCCUGGGCCCCUUGGUCCUCAGGGUCCAAAGGGUGUUUCAGGGCGACCGGGGGAUCCAGGUAUCCAGGGACCAAAGGGUCCGAAGGGUGACAGAGGUCAUGGUGGCAUCAUUGGUCCUAAAGGCAGCGUGGGAAUGGCCGGCGUACCUGGCUUCUCUGGAAACGACGGCAUUCCUGGUCACCCAGGACAGCCCGGUCCAAGGGGCAAGCCAGGAGCAGAUGGCUGUAACGGGACCAAAGGAGAAUCUGGAUUCCCAGGAACAAACGGCUAUGAUGGCACACCAGGAGUUCCUGGACAAUCAGGAAGGAAGGGAGAGAAGGGAGACAGUCUGGAGGUCAGCGUGUACAUGGAGCGUUUCAGGGGGGAUCCAGGCACACCUGGGGAAAAUGGAAGAUAUGGGCCUCCCGGAGAACAAGGGUUAGAAGGUAACAGAGGCCCAAUUGGCCCAAAGGGCCCACCAGGUCCUCCAGGUCCUCGUGGACCAAAGGGCACCAUGACCAAAGUGCUUAAGGGAGUCAAAGGAGAGCCAGGUGAAAUCGGACUGCCAGGAUUUCCAGGAAACCAAACUCGUCAACAGCGUCAGCCCCCUGCUGGACCUCAAGGAAUAAAAGGCCAAAAAGGAGAAAAAGGAGAUAUGCCAGGAGAGGAAGACAAAGGAGAGCGUGGCGUGAUGGGAUUCACUGGACAACUGGGUGAAAAGGGUGCAGAUGGACGUCCUGGACCACGGGGUGAUACUGGUGAAAGCGGGCUGAUUGGCAGUACUGGUCUGAAGGGAGCCAGAGGUGAAGCAGGAGAGCUGAUUUCAUCAGGAUCACUCUGGCCAUGGUCCUCUACUGCUGGCCCACGUGGACCCCCUGGUGAGCAGGGUCCACAAGGAGAGAGGGGUCCAAUUGGAGAUAAAGGCUUCACUGGACCCCCUGGACGUCCUGCAUCUGAAUCACAGCAACAAGUGUGGGAUUUCUUCGGCCCAUUUGGUUUUAAGGGAGAUCGCGGAGAGAAGGGUGUGCAAGGGGAACCAGGUCAACCUGCUGUUAUUUCAGGACCCCCCGGGGUCGGAGGGCGUCCAGGGGGGCAAGGCCCUCCAGGACCUAAAGGAUCAUGGGAAGAUUACUUCAAGGGUUCUCCAGGUAUGAGGGGUAGGCCCGGUAACGCAGGCUUCAAAGGAGUGAAAGGUGAUCAUGGAGAAUGCCAGUGCCGUGUUUUAAAUGCCCAGCCUGGCUUACCUGGCGCCGCUGGGGAACCAGGCGAUCCCGGGAUGACAGGAGAAUUUGGUCGUGAGGGUGACACGGGAGACCCAGGUCCCCAGGGAGAAGACGGUUCCUCUGGAUGGCCUGGGGUGGCCGGUCUUCAAGGUCCAAAAGGCCGGAAAGGAGACUUGGUUGUUGCAAAACAGAAAGGAUAUCCUGGUGACCCAGGGUCAACAGGAACAGAUGGUGUGCCAGGAAAUCCAGGUAUCCCAGGCCCAAGUGGUCUUCCGGGUGUCCCUGGUAGUCGUGGUUAUCCAGGUGAAAGGUCGUGGGGAGGGCGUGGAGAAAAGGGUUUCCCAGGACAACCAGGUAGCCCCGGUGCAGCCGGACUGAGAGGAGAAACAGGUCAAGACCUUGCAGGCCUCAAAGGAACACGUGGUCUGCCUGGAGACGACGGCAUUGCUGGCUAUAACGGAGUUCCAGGAACACCUGGACUUCCAGGCGGCUGUAGUCCAACAGGAGGAGGACAGGUGGAUGUAACAGGCCUUUGUGAAGCUGUUCCAGGACCUCCUGGUCUUCCUGGAAUUCCAGGACCAAGCGGAUUACCAGGUUUACCAGGACCCUCUGGUGGAAAAGGAGAAUCAGGGUUAUUUGGAGUCAAGGGAGAAAAAGGAGAACAAGGAGAGCGAGGCACAGGUGGCAGUCCUGGACCACCAGGCUUCCCUGGUCCUCGUGGAGAUUUGGGGGUUCCAGGCACCAAAGGUUCAGCUGGACUUCCUGGUUUUUCGGGUACUCCCGGCCGAUAUGGGGGACCAGGUGAAAAAGGUGCUCAUGGAGAAAUAUUGGGAGCAUCACAUGGACCACCGGGUGACCCCGGGCUGCCAGGCCUUCAUGGAAACAAAGGCCAAACUGGAGAUCAAGGGCAACCAGGCUAUCAUGGGAUGAUGGGCAUGCCAGGUAUGAUUGGCUCUAAGGGUGAGGGAGGUCCUGUAGGCCUGGCAGGGGAGGAGGGACGAACUGGGCCUCCGAGCCAAUAUGGCUUCCCUGGUGACCCUGGUAGAGUAGGCCCACCCGGGCCGCAUGGCGCAAUUGGACAACCAGGAAUCCCAGGAGAGAGGGGGAGGGAAGGAGACUCUGGUCCUCCAGGUCCAAUGGGGCUGAAAGGCAUGCCAGGGACUUAUGGCAGUGAUGGCGUCAUUGGAGAGCAAGGAUCACCAGGUGACCGAGGGUACACCGGUACAGGUGGACGCUCAGGACUUCCGGGACUGAAAGGAGACAAAGGGUCUCCUGGCAUGUCAGGUUUUGCGGGGAUCACGGGUAGUGGUGGAUGGAAAGGCCUGAUCGGAGAGAGAGGGCAGCCUGGAGUGCCUGGACAAGUUGGCCUAAAGGGAGAAAAAGGAAAUACUGGAGAGAAGGGUGAUCGAGGUCUGACAGGGCCACCUGGCGAGAAGCCCAAGAUCCCAGCUAAAAUAAUUGUUGACAUGAAGGGAGCCAAGGGAGACAUUGGCAGUGAGGGACUUCACGGAUUCCCUGGGCCAAGAGGCCCAAAAGGUUUUCCGGGUGUGCCCGGCAUAGAGGGAUAUCACGGUCUUCCUGGAGACCCCAACAUUGAGAAAGGUCAUCAAGGAGAUCCAGGCGCACAGGGGCUACCGGGGAUUAAAGGAAUGCCAGGACCAACAGGAAAUCGGGGCAUCAUAGGCUUCGAGGGCAUGCAUGGCAACAAGGGAAUCAAAGGAAGUCCUGGUUCUUAUGGUUCAUCAGGUGACAAAGGAAGGAAGGGAGCCAAAGGUGAAAUAGGCCCUCGCAUAGACAUACCGGGAUCCCCUGGACUGAGAGGAGAGAUUGGAUUUGAUGGAGAUCCAGGUCAGAAAGGAUUGAAUGGAACAACUGGGGACUCUGGUAUUCCUGGCUCUGUGGGUAUUGUGGGGAAGAAAGGGGAGUCGGGGGACCCAGGAAUACCGGGAAAUACAGGUUCCUAUGGGCAGACUGGAGCACCUGGUAAGCAAGGUGAAAAAGGCUCCUCUGGUUCUCCAGGAGAAGAUGGACUGCCAGGUUUUCCUGGCUUGCCAGGAGUCAAAGGUUAUCCUGGCUCGAAGGGCCUCUUUGGAUUACACGGACUGAAGGGUCAUAAGGGUGUCCAAGGAACACCAGGUCUGGAGAUUGUUGGACAAGCAGGGGAUCCAGGAGUUAAAGGACUGAAAGGAGAGAGUGGGGACCCCAACAACCAGUCAGGUCUUCCUGGCACAUCAGGUUUGAAGGGCACCCAAGGGCCUCCAGGUGACUUUGGCCAACCUGGGCUACCAGGCGUCCGUGGCUUACAGGGACCUGAUGCUAGCGCAGACGCACCAGGAACCAGGGGGGAUCCUGGUUUUCCUGGACCGACUGGAUACCAAGGUUUUCCCGGUCCCAGAGGAGUUCCGGGUGUUGAUGCUCCCUCUGGAGGAAAGGGGGAAAAGGGAAUAAUUGGGUUUCCUGGAUCCCAUGGUAUCAGAGGAUAUAGCGGAGAGCCUGGUCCUGCUGGAUACAGGGGGCCUAAUGGUAUCUCUGGGAAGAAAGGAGUGAAAGGAGAACAAGGGCUGAUGGGAGUUCCUGGCAUGAUUGGUGUAAGAGGUGAUAGAGGACCACAGGGUCCAAAGGGAAACACUGGAAUACCAGGUUUUAAAGGGCCUCCUGGCAGCCAGGGUCGUCCUCCACCUCCUGUUAAACUUCCAGGGGAGAGGGGUCCUUCAGGACCACAGGGUAUUCAGGGACCAAGGGGGAAUGGAGGCGGACAAGGACCCCAAGGCCCACCUGGAGAUUCAGGAUUCAUGGGCCCCAUUGGGCAGAAAGGCAUGCCUGGGAUUAGUGGCACCCCAGGAACGCCUGGAUUCCGUGGAGGACUCGGACCAGACGGCCACCCUGGUCUGCAAGGCAUGGAAGGUCACCGUGGCAACCCUGGCAUAUCUGGUUUGCCGGGUAUGCCUGGCCGUAGUGUCAGCGUGGGCUACUUGCUGGUGAAACACAGUCAGUCUGAGCUCAAACCCAUGUGUCCUGUUGGAAUGUCCAAACUAUGGGACGGCUACAGCCUGCUGUACUUCGAGGGUCAAGAAAAGGCCCACAACCAGGACCUCGGUUUGGCCGGCUCGUGCCUUCCGCGGUUCAGCACCAUGCCCUUCCUGUACUGCAACCCCGGCGACAUUUGCUACUACGCCAGCAGAAACGACAAGUCCUACUGGCUGUCAACCACUGCUCCACUCCCCAUGAUGCCGGUAGAGGAGGGGGAGAUCAAACCGUACAUAAGUCGCUGCUCGGUGUGCGAAGCCCCGUCAGUCGCCAUCGCGCACACGGCGGCCGGAGACGAAGGCGGAGGCCAGUCGCUGUCGUCGCCGGGCUCCUGCCUGGAGGACUUCCGAACGACGCCGUUCAUCGAGUGCAACGGGGCCAAAGGCACAUGCCACUACUUUGCGAACAAGCACAGCUUCUGGCUGACCUCAGUAGAUCAGUCGUUCCACACCGAGCCGGCGUCAGAGACGCUGAAGGCCGGCCAGCUGCUGUCACGCAUCAGCCGCUGCCAGGUCUGCAUGAAGAACUUGUGA